AUGUCUGGCUAUCGUGGAGCUCCUAUGGCUGGCCCCAGCGGCGGGCAAUAUCAGCCAGGCUUUGUGCCUCUGCCAUCACGCGGCUCAGUCUCUAUCCCACAGCCACAGCCACAGCCUCAGUCUCAGUCUCAGGUUCGGGCUCAGGACGAAGACGCGUUAGAGCUUGAGAUAGAAUACUUGAAAGAACAGCUUGAGCAUUCUGAGCUUCAGCGCGAGUGUAUCCAGAACCGACUCGACACUGCACGGGCUCAGGAGCGUCACGACCACGACAUGAUUGAAGGACUGCAGGCUCGUAUCAGAGAGCUGGAGGAGAUGCUCCAGCGUCAUGGCAUCGAGGAUCCCAAGGCUUCUUCUAUGGCUCUCGUCCGUGUGAACUCCGAUACUGAGGGGUACGCAGACCCAGCAUCCGGCAAUGGAAGCGGGUCAGCAUUGCGGAGAAUGUCGAUGCAGGAGCAUCAUGAUAUGUCGCCAUCUACUCGAUACCAGAACGUCUUUGGCCAGCCACCGCCACGAUUUAACUUGCAAGCUGCUGCUGUUUCCAAAGUAGGCGGCAACAAGAUCGAUGGAGCAAAUCAAGCUCACUUUAGCUUGUCAAGUUCAAACCUCAACUCUGCUGCUGGCACUGGCACUGGCACUGCUAGCGGAUCUGGAGGCACGCCAUCUUCACCCGAUGAACAAAUCGCCUCCUUUGUUUCGAUGAUUGGUAGGCAGCCCCAACAGAUCAUCCAUACCCGAGACCCGCAAUUUGACGGAGGUGACUUCGCGAGCCGUCUGAUCGGGCUGUGGACGGCAUCGAAAUGUUUCGCAACGAAGUAUACCAACACGACUUUCAUGUACAACGAGAAUGCAACGGGACAGGACCUGCGUGCAUUUCUUAGCCUUGCGUGCGACAAAUCCACCGACUUGCUGAGUGACGUAUCGACCCGGUUCUUGAUGGUUUCCAAGGCAAUCAACUGGUUUAUCACGAAGACGGUCCUGAAGACGAGUGUUGUAAACGGUUUUGAUCCCGCCGUUGACUCUGAGAUCAAACAGAUGGCUACUCAUCUCAACUCAGCCACCCCUUUUACGGUGAAAAACGCCAUGAUCCAGGGAAUCGGGCAGCACAUCCUCGUUCUCCGCAACCGUCCACUGUUCGACAACUUCUUCAACAAGCGUACUCACGAACAUACUCAGCAUCUUUUCCAGCUGCUGUCUCCACUGAUCUUCUCCCGUGAUCAAGCUGCGUGGUGCGAUCUCGCAGACCUCAUGGUCGAGGCACACGAGCUCGCCUUGAACAUGCACUCUGGCCCGUACGAGUUCAAAUUCCUCCAUCCGAUGAGCCACCAUGUCUUUGACCCGACGUACAUGACGGACCACAAUGCCGGAAUAGACGAGGACUGGGGAAUGCAGCAAGCCAAGAGACAGUACACCAUAAAGCUUGCCAUUACGCCGGUCCCGUUCUUCAGAAACGUGACCCUUCAACCUCAGUCACCACUUCAAGUUUUGCAUCUUGGAGAUGUUAUUUUGGGCCCCGAGAUGAUGCGCCGUGCGUAG